CCGAGCAUAACUCAGCCACAGUGAUGUGUAUUACAAUAGCAGGUUAUUGACAACGUCUCUGCGCAAGGAUGGAAAAUAGAAUCUUUAUGAGAUAUUUGAGAAAUGGAAUACUGUCUUCUUUUUACCACUGAGAAGAGCGUCUCUCGUAGUGCUAGGUAUUUCGCAUUUUUUUUCGUAUUUGUCAUUUUAAAUUCACCCAAUUGUUUUUAACUGUAGUUCUAGACGGUUACUUCCCAUCUCCUCUGAAACCAGCAGUCGCCUAACGUAUAGGCCUAAUGCACUUUAUUGCAAAGUCGUGUUUGUAGAUCUUUAUCGGUAACCUUACCUGUAUAUGAUAGAGCGUAGGCUACGUUACCCACUAUGAAAUUGCAUUGAUGCAGGCGCGUCAUUACUGGGGGCAUACUGUAGGCUAUCAGUUGGUCUUCUGUCUACAGCGAUUCUGCCUUUAGGCUGAGCAAGUUGAGAAGCUUGUCUGCGACGACGCCAAGUUAUUGGAGAAGCCUAGAGAAAAAAUAUUCGGAAGGAAUACAAUGACUAUGUCAGUACCCGAGAGGAAUUCAGGCUCUGAGGGCAAGGAAGAAGAGAGUGAGGAUGAAAGUGAAAUCCUGGAAGAGAGCCCAUGUGGACGCUGGCAAAAAAGAAAGGAUAAGGUGAGCCAGGGUAAUGUCCCAGGCUCAGAGAGUGCCUUCCUCGCCAUGGAUACCGAGGAGGGAGUGGAGGUGGUUUGGAAUGAGGUGUUCUUCUCAGACAGGAAGGUCCUCACGGCUCUGGAGGACAAGAUUAAAGAGAUGUUUGAGAACCUAAUGCAAGUGGAACACCCCAACAUAGUCAAGUUCCACAAGUACUGGCUGGACACGAAAGAUAACCAUGCUCGAGUUGUGUUUAUCACAGAGUAUAUGUCCUCGGGCAGCCUGAAACAGUUUCUCAAGAAAACCAAGAAAAAUCACAAGACCAUGAAUGUAAAGGCGUGGAAGCGGUGGUGCACUCAGAUUCUGUCAGCCCUCAGCUACCUCCACUCAUGUGAUCCCCCAAUUAUCCAUGGCAACUUGACUUGUGACACCAUUUUCAUUCAGCACAAUGGGCUUCUCAAGAUUGGCUCAGUGUGGCAUCGGCUGUUUGUAAAUGUCAUCCCGGAGGCCAGUGUCCAUGGGAAGAUGCGACACCAGCGCGACGAGAAGCGCAACCUGCAUUUCUUCUCCCCGGAAUAUGGCUCGGGGGAGGAUGACUACGCCAUCGACAUUUUUUCCUUUGGGAUCUGUGCUUUGGAGAUGGCUGUGCUGGAAAUCCAAGCUAAUGGAGAUGCUGUUGUGUCCAAGGAGGCCAUAACUAAUGCUGGUCAAUCGCUAGAGGACCCCCUUAUGAGAGAGUUCACGCAGUCGUGUGUGAGACAUGAAGCCACCGACAGGCCCACAGCCCAUGACCUGCUGUUCCACCGUGUGCUGUUUGAAGUCCACUCCCUCAAACUGCUGGCCGCCCACUGCCUCAUCAGCAACCAGUACCUGCUCCCUGAGAACUGUUUGGAGGAGAAGACAAAGUCAAUAGACCCAAAUUCUGUCAUGGCUGAGAUUUCCCAUGGAGACCGACCUGGAGUGCAGUUGAAGUACUCUCACGUGUCUUCGCUGGAGCUUGAUAAAUUCCUUGAGGAUGUGAAAAACGGGAUUUACCCCUUGAUGAAUUUUGCCUCCACUAAACCCCACCCUGUGCCUCGCGCCCUCUCCAUGUCCCAGGAACAGGUGGAGACCUCAAAAACCCCGACUCCUGAGCCCCAGGAGACCGAGAGCAGGAAGGUGGUGCAGAUGCACUGCAACCUGGAAUCUAAUGACGAAGGGACCAAAACUCAUCUUUCCCUGUUUCUCAAAAUGGAGGACAAAUUACAUCGACAACUCAGCUGUGAUAUCCUGCCAACUGACAGCUCCAGAGACCUGGUCAAUGAGCUGGUUCACUAUGCCUUCAUCAGUGAGGAGGAUGGUGAGAGGAUGGUGGCAUUUCUUGAGGAUGCAUUAAGUCGCCACAGAGGAUCCCUAAUAACGUCCGGGGUGACUGCCACAGUGACCCAGGGAAGAUAGGGCGCUGUGGAGUAGUCUGCCCACUGGGGGAGGGGGGAUCCAUGGAGACAGAUGUGCCUGUUCGGCUGAAGAGGGAGAUGCUUUAUAAGGAGGAUCAUGAGAAAGAGAGUUAGAAGAGCAGAGCACAGAGUCCAAGUGCCACGCACACGGACAGAGGGAUUGAUUCAUCAGUGAGAAGAUCAGGCUCAUAAGCAGGAGAGAAAGAGAGAGAGAAAGAGAGAGAGAGAGAGAGAGAGAGAGAGAGAGAGAGAGAGAAACAUGUCAGCCCGAGAAGGGCCCACACAGGACCCAGGGCAUGACUAAGGCAUCCCACAUUGUUGUGGGAUAAUGAUAGUUGUGCCCAUCUCAGACCUGAGUGUCGUCCAUGCCUUAGGGUGAGCAGCCAUGUUCUGUUUUCCCCUGUUGGCAAUGUCCUCCUUGCUGGGGGGACCCACAUUACCAAGAGCAAGCGUGGUUUCAUAAGCGUGUAAGUUAUGGGAGAGAACAAAAGAUGACAGCUCUGUCUGCAUGUAAUUUGCUUCUUGUCAAUUCCUAGUUGACAACCCAGUUGGUCAUUUAGUAAAGAUAUUGACUUAAAGGCAUAUUUUCAUUAGGUGGUAACAUUUUUGCCAUUAGAUUUUUUACAUUUCUCUUGUAUACUAUACCCCAGAACUGUUCUAAUGGAACGCUUCUCAGAAGAAAAUUCAAUAUUUUUUCUUAUGGACCAGUAAUUUCUGGCCUUCAGUCUCUAAAAAGCUUGUCAAUUUAAAGUAUUGGAGUACUGCAUAUGCUGCACUGGAUGCUUUGUGUCUACAAACCGGCAUCCAUUUUUAUUAGUUAAAAAUAAUCGUGAGAAAUAUUGGAUUGAACAUACUUAAGUGCCCACCUAGACAGCCUUUUCAUCGUAGUUACUAAUUUAUUGAGGUUAUGUGCAAAAACAGUCCACCAUCAGAUGUACAUAAAGAAAUAAUUGUUGUACUUGGCCUUAUAAAAAAUAUGCUAUGAAGUCAUUAAAAUUAUAAAAUGAUAUUCUGCCAAUUAUACCAAUUAAACUUUUAUGGCUCCAUAUCUGUCAGUAAAACUAUACACAACUUUAUUUUUGCUCUGGAAGACUUUCUGAAUUAAGGUGUUCAAACUUGGGAUACUUCUCACAGUGGUAAAGUUAUUGUAUUUUAACAUUUCUCCACAUGCAUUAAAAGCACAGUCAUAAACAUUCGUCUUUUGAUUUUAAAAUCUCAUUAAUUCUGAAAAAAAAAAAACUUUAGCUCUAUGGGAAAUUAAAAUACUGAAAAAGCAUUUCAACAUAAUUAAAUGUAGGAUUUUGCAUUUACUUUUUGUUGCAUAUUAUGCCCUGUAUGACAUUUGUUACCAAAUGGAACUGAUAGUUUGCCGUUAAUUACAGAAAUGACUUAAUUGUUAGGAUAGGGCUGACCAAACAAAUAAUUGGUACAGUUCAUCAUUCAUCCACUUUUGGUAACUAUCAAUGAAAGGCUCAAAAUUAUUAUCAACCUUUCUAUAGAUCAAUCUGUUACUCCUCAUAAGAAAUGUCUCUUCCCUUACAAAAAUUAAAUAUUUCCAGCAAACGUAUGGGUGAUUUGUGGGAAACAAAUGAAUUCCCUAGAAAAUAUUGCCAGAGAUUUGCCCAUGUUGGUUGCUACAGCCAAAUUUCCAGUAAAGUUCUGGCAAUAAUGAGAAGUUUGCCACUAGAGGCGAAUGUGUUUGCUAGUGAUUUGCCACCACACUUAGCCAAUAAUGGCAAACUUUCAGUGAACUUCUGGUGACAAACCUCAUUUGCAUAUGACAUUGCUACAAAUUUGCUGUAAUAUUGCCAAAAAUUAACUGCAACUGUUUGCCAGAAACCUAAUUUGCAUGGGAAAAGAUGGCCUUGCCGCAAAUUUGCAGCAACUGUUCGCCAGACACCUGAAAUUUCUGUAAGGGUUUCUAAACCCAAAUUAAUUGAUUGUAUACAUUCACACAAUGUACUUGUUUUUACUGAAGGUGUCAGCUGAAAUUGUAUUUUUUUGACAACCUUUAAACUAACUUGGUUAAUGACGUCUUCAAAUUAUUAACUUUUCAAAAUUUGUAAAGUUACACUGGUAUACACAAAAUUGUCAGUGAAGGGACAUAUAGAUAUGUUUGGCAGAAUAACAUUUUAUCAGGAAUGCUCACAGAGGCCAGAGCUUAGAUUUCAGUUCUGCUUCUGGCCUCCAGUGCUCUUAGGGGUAUAACCCAGUAGUUCACUGAAAGCCAAAGAGUGCCUGUGGUGGCAGCUGAAUGCUGACGGCAUGCCCUUAAUUAAACAUAUAAUCAUAGACAAUGUGUUGGACACCCAUGAACAGAUGUAGGAGAAACAUUUGCGUGUCUUGGCGGGCCAUGGUGAAUGUUGGUUUUCCAGCCACACAUCACACUUGUGGCAGUGUUGUUGUUGUGUUGGAAAGUAAAUACAAUGGUUGUAAGCAAUAACAGCGCAGGUCAGUUGUAGAUGAGGUAUUUAAGGGUUAAAUGUGUUUCUGGGACUCUGGGAACGGGGCCAUUUGCCUGAUUGUUCAAACAUUCCCUCCCAGAUUGUGUUGUCACUUUACUGAUACUUGUGGCAGAGUUUUAAAACAAACUAACAUUAGCAAAAAUAAUUGUUUUUGUGUUACAUGGCUGACAAGAGAGAGAGGGAGCUGUCUACAAAUCAGAACAGGACAAACCAAUUAAGACCCAAAAUUAGGUGGCUUCCCAGUAAAAAGAUGGAAUUAAUUGAAGCAUUUGUUACAAUAUGUGUACUUCUGUUGCUUUUGUGUUGUUUUGUUUCAUUCUAUAAACAAUACACACCUCUGAGAGUGUGAUUUGUGGAUCUGUGUGUAGAUGACUUGAUACAACCUGGUUGUUAUGAUUUGAGAUGUACUGCUGUAGUCAUAUAAAUAAAACAAGCAUACAGUUUAA